AUGACCAAGUUUCCUGAAAUUCAAGGAGGAGGUUCAUUGAUCUUGGCCUGGCAGAUCAAAAAUAAGAAUGUCUUAGUGGUUGGAGGUGGCGAGGUCGCCGCAGGACGGAUCGUACAUGUUCUCAACGCCGACGCCAUAGUAACUAUCGUCUGUCCAGCUAGUGGACUGAACGAAGAAGUAGCCUACCGAGUCGCCGAGAAGCAAGUCACUCACAUUAACCGCAAUUUCGAACCAUGCGACCUCGACAAUGCGGAUAUGGUGCUCUGCGCCAUUGACGACCCGGAGGCAUCAUCACAAGUCUGGAAGCUCUGCAAAGAGCGGCGCAUUGCUGCGAAUAUCGCAGAUGUGCCACCCGAGUGCGACUUCUAUUUCGGAAGUGUGCACCGCGAUGGUCCGCUGCAGAUUAUGGUCAGCACUAAUGGCAAUGGGCCGAAGCUGGCCAGUAUCGUACGAAAGAAGAUUGCUGAAACUCUUCCGAGUAAUAUGGGUGCUGCGAUUGUGAAUGUGGGAAAACUACGGAAGAAGCUGCGUGAAGUAGCUCCCAAGGUGGAAGAAGGCCCGAAGAGAAUGAAAUGGAUGUCUGUUGUGUGUGAGCAAUGGAGCUUGGAUGACCUUGUGGAAAUGACCGAACAAGAUAUGAACGGGUUACUGGCUCAUUACCAACCAGCGGACGUUCCAUCGCUUUUAGAAGUACGAACGGAGCUUCUACAAGUGAAGAACUAA